AAAUGGUUUGGUAUGUUGAAUAUGCUAUAUUUAUAACCAUAAUUACUGCAAUAAAUAGAGAGUGAGUUUCGCCAAGUAAUUUCUCAAUGUAACAUUUCAUCAAACAGCUGUUGAUCAACAAGUUUGUGGUUAUGUUGCCAAAUUCCGCUAUUGAGACGCAACACAAUUAAAUUUAUUGACUAUUUGAAUUAUUAAAAUAAAAAUGGAAAAGUGGUUGCGAGAUCGUUUGUCAAUAUGUUUGGAUUUCGAAAUACCAGAUGAUAUGAUAAAAUAUAUACUUUCUUUGAAAAAUUCUGAAGAAUUUGAUGAAUAUUUCAACACUUUAUUGAAUAAAGACGAAGAUCAUCACCGGUUGUUUUUGGCAGAUUGCAGGCAGCGAUUAUUUAGUGUUGCAUUGCCCAGUAAAAAAUCCAAUUCUAAUCAGAAAAAGUCGACUGGUCAUGGCAGUACACAAAUUAAGCAAAAUGUGAAUUCGCAGCAGAAAUCGUUAAAUUCUCAACAAGGUGUAAAAAAGAAAAAUAAAUAUGUCAAUCUGUAUUCACAAGAUGGUAAUGUGUUGGGAGAUGUUAUUAUGCUAAAAGGCAGGCGACAUUGUGACUGUCAAGCAUCUGAGCACAAAUUGAUAAAUAAUUGUCUUAGCUGCGGUAGAGUUGUUUGUGAACAGGAGGGCAGCGGUCCCUGUCUGUUCUGUGGUAAUAUUGUGUGCACUAAUGAAGAAGCUCAAAUUUUAAAAACCACUAACAAAAAAAGUGAAAAUCUUUUAAAAUCACUUAAAGAAAAAGGUGGCGGGGAGUCAUUAAAAAAAGCAUUAGAACAAAGAGAUCGUUUAUUAGAAUACGACAGGAACAGUGAAAAACGUACAACGGUUAUAGAUGAUGAAAUGGACUACUUUGAGGAGAACUCAGUAUGGCUCUCCGAUGCUGAACGUGAAAAAUUAAAGAGUUUGCAAAAUAAUUUACAAGAUAAAAAACACGCCAGUCGUGCACAACGCAAAUAUAAAAUUGAUUUUGCUGGUCAUGAAGUUCCUGAUGAACCUCUUAUAAGUGAGGAAUAUGAACGUAAUUUAUUAAAAGAGAUCGCUGCUACAAAUUCCGAUUUUAAUAAGGCAAACAAAUGGUCUAAUAAAAGUAAUAAUGCAAAACACACUUCAGAUGUGUCUGAUAUUGAUCCAAAUAUAAGUGAAUUUCGCCCUGUAUAUACCGACAUGAACGACGGUAAUGCAUUCGACAAAUCAAAGUUAAAAAACGAAGGGUUGGACUGUAAAUAUAAUCGCGUCCAAGAUAAACAACUCCUGGAAAUGCAGGAUAUGCGGCAUUGCUUAUCAAUGCAUCAACCAUAUGCAUCUUUGUUGGUGGCUGGUAUAAAGAAACAUGAAGGUAGAAUAUGGUAUAGUGAACACCGUGGUAGACUUUGGAUUGCAUCAACUGCUAAAGAGCCAAAAGAAGACGAAAUUAAAGAAGUUGAACAAUUUUACAUGAAUUAUUAUAAUGAUAAAACUAUUAAAUUUCCAAAACAAUACCCAACGGGCUGUUUACUUGGGUGUGUAAUAGUUGAUGAAUGUCUGGCACAAGAAGAAUAUCGUGAUAUUUAUCCUAACGGAGAAUCAGAAAGUGCAUUUGUUUUUGUCUGUACUAAUCCACAACAAUUGCCUGUUAUCUUUCCAAUUAAAGGACAACAUAAGAUUUAUCAAAUCGAUCCUAAACUACAUAACGCAGCAUGCAAAACUUUGAUGCGAUUAAAAUCGGACAACACGAAGCAGUAAAAUUUAAAUAUAUCAAAAAUGGAACGACUAAAAGUUAUAUUACUUUUUGUAUAUUAAAUAUUAUUAAGUAAAACUUACUUUAAAUUAUUCUA